GAAUUGUAUAAUAUAUGUAAUAUUGUGAAGUACCAAAAAAACCCAUUCAAAACGAAAUUUACAGAAUAGAUAAUUUCCCGAUUACAUUUUUAUGGUGAGUUCCUUAUUGUGAAUUCACUGAAACAGUUUCAAAAGGUGAUUCGACAUGAACAGACCACAAAAUUUGUUAUCAGCCGAUCGUGGUGAGGUGAAUAAUUUUAUUAAUUCAUUUGAUACAGUUUUAUGUGAUUGUGAUGGGGUAAUCCACAUCGGUUCAAAUACAAUUGAAAAAUCCAAAGAAGCUAUUAAUUUAUUACAAGGUUUAGGUAAAAAAGUACAUUUCGUAAGCAAUAAUUGUUCGUUAUCUCUGAAAGAUUUUAAACAAACCCUUAAAAAAUUCGAUUUGGAUGUUGACGAAAAAGAUAUUGUAUUUCCCACGAUUGUCAUUAUCGAUUAUUUAAAAAAAAUUGGAUUUAAAAGAACGAUUUUUUUGAUUGGAUUGAAAAAACUGAAAGAGGAAUUCGAAAAAGCUGGUUUUAAAACGAUUCUUCAAAGUUUAAAUGAAAUUGAAGAAAACGCUCAAACCAUGAGCGAUAAUUUAAUUGAUGAUAAAAACAUCGGUGCUGUUAUCGUGGAUAUAGACAUUAACUUAACGUAUUUAAAGUUACAAAAAGCUUGCGUUUACUUAAAAAGGAAUGAUGUGUUAUUUAUGACUGGAGGAUCAGACUGCAAAAUUCCCUUUUACAAUAAUAUAACACUUAUAGGUCCAAAUUAUUUCCAUAAAGCUCUAAUAGACAUCACUGGAAGACAACCAAUUAGAUUUGGAAAACCUGACAGAAUAAUGAAUCAAUACAUAGAAUCGAAAUACAAAUUAAAACCAAACCGAACUUUAUUUAUUGGCGAUUCAUUUACUGAUAUUGAAUUUUCUCAAAACGCCGGAUAUAAAUCUUUAUUGGUUCUAACUGGAAACACUAAAUUUAGCGAUUUAAAAGAAUUAUCAAAUCGUUCGCUUUUUCCCGAUUAUUAUCUAGAAAGAUUAGGUGAUUUGUGUCAAAUAUUAAAUGGUACAAAAUAAAUUUAUCAAAAUUAUAAACAUUUAUUUAAAAGUAGAGUAACUUUAUAAACCAAAACAUUAUUAA